AUGCCCGAAGAUACCAGCUCCCGGCUGACACCCCGUCAGGCCCGCAGAACCGCGCGAUUGAGGCUCGCUUGCUCUCGGUGCCAGCGGCGGAAGAUCCGUUGCGACGGGCAAUUGCCUGCGUGCAACAAUUGCAAGAAGGCCGGAGUUGCUUGCACUGACGGCGAGAGUGUCCGUCUUCGGGAUCUUCCCAGAGCUCAAAUUUCGAACUUGAUCGAGAGAGUCAAGUGGCUCGAGAGCAUUGUAAGGGAAAGGUGCCCCGAAGUCGACCUAAGUCAAGGCCCGUCUGGGGAUUUUGACAUGGAACUUGACGGUGAUGAAACCUUUGCAAGGGACUCAACAAUCAGAGUCAACAGUGCAUCGCCCGAGGAUAGUCUGAACCUCACAGGGAGUCAGCCUCCACAAGCACAGCCGCUUCAACCUUCAGAGCCAGUGCAAGCCACUCAGGCUAUCCGUUCAGGACCUCGUUUGGUCGAUCCCAUUGCCAGCAGUACGCUAUCACACGAGAUUGGCAUGGUGUCAUUGGGCAGUAGCCAAGACCCGAAGUAUAUCGGGCCGUCGAGCGGAUACUUCCUCGCCCGACUGAUGUUGACUUCGAACCGGCAGGAUGACCAAUCUUGGCCAAUCAAAACCGGAGUAUCGAAUCCGUCCAUACCAACUGCUCUCGUUGAGGCGAUGCAUGGCCCAAUGUCACUGCCAAGCAGACAUCAUGCGAAGCAGCUAGCAGAUAACUACUUUGACGUUAUCAACUGCCAGUUCCCCGUUUUGCAUCAGCCUAGCUUCAUGGCUUUGAUGGAUCAAAUGUACGAGAACAGGAUCGAUGUGGAAUCUGCUCCCACAGCUGCCUUCCAAGUAUUUAUGGUCCUCGCUUUGGGGUCCACGGUGCUCUCUCGUCGAGUGAGGGCACGUCUUCCCGGAGAGUCAUAUUGCCUAUCUGCGAUGCAGAGUUUCGAUCGAAUCAGCAUCGACAGCUCGAUUCCUGGACUGCAAUGUCUUCUUUUGCUCACGAUAUUCACAAUGCACAGUUCCAAUAUGCGUCUCAACGUAUGGUACCUGAACUAUCAGUGCAUCGCUGCUGUCCUUGACUUGGGCUUGCAGCGUGACAUCAACACUAACGCAGGUAUCUCCCUUCUUGAACAGGAAAUGAGGACUAGGAUAUUCUGGGUGGUUUUCACUUUGGAUAGGAUGAUCGCGACUAUGAUGGGUCGCCCGAUUGGACUGCGAGACGAGGCAUGCGAUCUUCGGCUUCCACAGCAUAUAGAAGAUGCUUCCUUGCAAGGAUCACUCCAGCCACCUGCCAAUCAACCCCCGGGUCACAUGGCCUUCUCGAUACAUCUGUUCCGUCUAGCCAAACUUAACUCGGAGUUCAAAUACGUUGCGAACAGCAUUGUCCGAGACACACCGCGUUACGCCUACCCGGCGGUUAUUGACAUAAAUGAGUGGCAGCAAGGAAUGUUGGAACAGCUAGACGAGUGGUACAGCCAAAUCCCCAACACACCCGACUCCGACUACAUCCGCACCAUCUGUCAGAUCCGAUGCUACGGUCUGCGGAUGCUCGUUCUCCGGCCUAGCCCCGCCAUCCCGAAUCCAUCGCCCGAGAUCCUCAAGAAGUGCUUUAAAGCCGCUCUUGAGGUCAUCCGUCUUUUUGAUCAGCUGUACAAGAAGAACUUACUCAUACAUACGUGGAAUACUUGUCACUCAGCAGUCCUCAGCAUUAUCACUAUGCUUUACUGUCUGAAGAUGGUGCCCGAGAUAGCAAAGCAGACGGCUUUGGAUGCCCUCAUGUCUGACUUCAGCGCCGGGUUAGGAGUCUUGGCUGCAACGGGCGAGCACUGGUCCGGAGCAAAACGUUGCCGCGAUAUCUUGGAUGACAUGAUCCGGGCAACCAUCCGAUGGGUCAAAGACAUUUCCAGUCAGACCUUCGAUGUAGAACCCCCUGCUCAACGUCGAUCUCUGCGACUAGAUCCCGCGCACUCGCAUACAAUAAGCUCAUACAACGAGGGUGCCAGCCUUGUUGGGGCGGAACCCCACAGACUGAACUUCUCAGAAGGCUUUGCCCAACCACUGCCAUUGAGCUCUGCGACUGAAAGUGGCUCAGAAAGCUUCCUGCAUCAAGAUCCAUUCGAAUCGUUUCUCGCCAAUACUGCGUUUGGUGACCCAAUGCACACCGGCGACAACGCGAAUCUGGAUAGCAUCAUGCGAGGCCUGUUUGAUGACUUUAUACCAACUUAUCCGAGCUUCACCUGA